AUGACUUCCAUCACGAUCAAGACUCAGUUCCCUUCGGUCCUCUUCCUCUUCAUCGUCUUCAUGACCUUCAGCGGUUUCGCCGUGGCUAUAGACCCCGUCGAGGCUAUCCUGGAUUUCGGCUCGCACAUAGCGCGAGAGGCGGCGUCCAAGUUCUGGGAGUGGGUCUCGUCUGGCGAGGCCCCCGACGACAUUGUCGACGUGGUGACGACCGUUGCCGACGUGUUGUCCUAG